AUGCAGGACCAACAACCACCCCUCCAGCAGGACAGCCACCCACAACUACCCCUGCAGGACCAACCACCACUCCAGCAGGACAGCCACCCACAACUACCCCUGCAGGACCAACUACCACUCCAGCAGGACAGCCACCCACAACUACCCCUUCCAGACCCAACCCCAACUCCAGCAGGACAGCCACCCACAACCACCCCUGCAGGACCAACAACCACUCCAGCAGGACAGCCACCCACAACUACCCCUGCAGGACCAACCACCACUCCAGCAGGACAGCCACCCACAACUACCCCUGCAGGAACCCCUAACCAACCCACUCCAGCAGGACAGCCACCGCAUCAACUACCCCUGGCAAAGGACCUACCCAACAACUCCAGCAGACAGCCACCAUCUAACCCUACCCUUCAGGACCUAACUACCACUCCAUCCAUGCAAGGACAACCACCCACAACUACCCCUGCAGGACUAACCACCACUCCAGCAGGACAGCCACCCACAACUACCCCCUGCAGACCAACCACCAUCCCGCCAGGACAGCACCCACAAACUACCCCUGCAGGACCAACAACGACUCCAGCAGGACAGCCACCCACAACUACCCCUGCAGGACCAACCACCACUCCAGCAGGACAGCCACCCACAACUACCCAUGCAGGACCAACCACCACUCCAACAGGACAGCCACCCACAACUACCCAUGCAGGACCAACCACCACUCCAGCAGGACAGCCACCCACAACUCCCCCUGCAGGACCAACCACCACUCCAGCAGGACAGCCACCCACAACUACCCCUGCAGGACCAACCACCACUCCAGCAGGACAGCCACCCACAACUACCCCUGCAGGACCUACAACAACUCCAGCAGGACAGCCACCCACAACUACCCCUGCAGGACCAACAACGGUUGCUCACACGACCACUAGAGCUCCUACGACCACUAUAGCUCCCACUACUAUAAGAGCCCCUGUGACCACUAUAGCUCCCCCAACCACUAAAGCUCCUGAAGCUCCAACAACAGCGAGCUCAAUUGAUGAACUAGUUGCAAAGAAGGCUGAAUUAGAGCGACAGAAGCAGGAGAAACUCAGCCGGUUACAGUUGCUCCUGAGGGCCAUCCAGAUGAGCAAAAGACUGCACGCCCUAGCAUUGCUCAUGAAGAAUGGCAGAAGACACAAGAGGGACACUCAUCCCGAGUUUCAAAUUCACACCAACGACUCUGCUGAUUUCCUGAAGCUGGAACCUUACUGCAACAUGAACGGAAAUAACUCUCUGAGUGGUCAUCCGGACAAGGUCGCCGCUAUCCUGCUGAGGGAUGUGAACGACACCCUUGAAUACGGGUCCCUCGAGAGCCUCGCGUGCAUGAUCAAUCUCCUGGCAGAAUUCACGCAUUUAGCCGAGGGACUGGGCUACGACCUGAGCCAAAACAACGUGGCCGCCCUGGCUCGCAUGGCGAACGAAACUGCCACUGUGCUGGUGUACGGCCUGAACUCCUCUGUCAGCGAACUGGAACAGGAAUCCCAAGGCAUCGACGAAAACAUCAAGGAGAUCGCCCAAGUGACGGAUAUCCCGCCGUUCUGGAAGAUACCCAGGAGGCGUAUCGUCAUCCAGGUGAUCCAGCGGGUGAACCUGGGUGAUGGUCAACGACAGUGGAGGACAAUCCGUUGAUUGGUCGGAUGACAGAGGAGAAGAAGAAGAAGGAGAAAUUCAAAUCGUAAAAAAUAAUGUGACACGUUGUAACGUUUUCAAGCGUAUUUACUGUAACAACGUAUCAAAUGUAUUUAAUGAUGUAUUUACCAUGUCUUUAACAAAUCAAAAAGCAUUUUCUUGCUUCAAUGAAAACAAAUCAGUAAUUUUGAAGGAGCCGAUUGGGAAAAAAAUAUGAACUUUAGUGAACAUAUAUGACAUGUGAAUAUAUAGAUAUACAUAUAUAUUUAUUACUAUAAGAUGUCUUAUGCCAUCAUCUUCAUUUUGGAAAAUGUAUAUGAUGCCAUUAUAUUUAUAAAUGAUUUUGCCAUCGA